AUGGUGGAUAACGUCAUCUACGAGACGGGGCCCCCCAGCCGGGGCCCCCGCCCCACCCGCUCCUACCGCCUCCGGCACCGGCCCGUCCCCCACAUCCCCCCCCGGCCCCCGCUCCCCCCGCUCGACAGACAGGCAGGAGACAUGUCAGGAGGCAUCAGAGGGACACGGUGCCAGGAGGGUACAGAGGGGCCCCUCUGGGACCCCCCCUCCCAGGAGGGAGGAGGAGGAGGUGGUGGGGGCUCGGGGGGGCCUGUGGGAGCGAGCGCCAAGGAGAAAGCGGUGUCGCCGGGCCCCUCCCCCCCCAUCUCCCCCUACGGGGAUAUCUUCCUGGGCAACAACCUGCACAACGUCCCCCCCGAGGGCCCCGCUGCGGAGCGGAGCCCGGAGAAGAGCUUUCCGCCGGUGGCCAAGAAGAAGCAGAAGAGAUUGCGGAAGAGGUCUGAUAAGAGGAAGGGGGGGAGAGGAAAGGAGGGGGGUCGCCCAGCCUCCCCCGGGGGUCCCGGGUCCCCCGACCCCGGGGGUCCCGCCGACCCCUACUCCACCGUGGAGGACUGCGCCCCCGACUGGAGGGCCUCCGCACAGAACGCCUUCACCGCGGCAACCGACGCCAUGCCACCGGGGCCCGAUGGUCCCGACCCGGACGCGGACAUCUCUCCCUACGCCUGCUUCUACGGCGCCCCCCAGACGCCGGUGGUCCGGGCGGGCUGGCUGGACAAGCUGUCCCCCCACGGGAACUACGUGUUUCAGCGGCGGUGGGUGAGGUUUGAUGGGGAGAGUUUGGCCUACUACAAUAACGACAAGGUUAGUGUCAGAAAGACAUUCACAAUACAAAAACCAUUGCGCUUUGCUUUUGAACCACAGUUUUUCUUCGAUCUGCUCAAUUAUUCAGUGAACUAAAGAUUGAAAUAGCCUAUUUCCUCUCAAAUCACUAAGUUGAAACACUAUCUUGACACAUAAAUGUUGGCAAUACAGAAAAUAAGCCAUCCUGGCUACACUUUUUAUGAAUGAACCAAUUUUAUUACUAUUAUUUAUUUUCCUCCAGUGGCCACCGAGUCACUAUAAAUCAUAUUAUAUUAAUUAUCAUUAAUAAUUUGCAUGGAAAUAAACCCCAAUGAAUAAUUCUGAGGGUCAUUUGUGCCUCCACAUUUGAAAUAUGAGUCACAUGUUGGGUUUUUGUGUC